AUGAUCUCAUCUCGGUCAACGCCGUCCUACUCGCAAGCAGACUCGGCCACUAGGCAUCAACCUUCUCGGAAUGACGGUGCUCUGAGGCAGACCACCUAUGUUUAUACACCUCCGAGUCACCGUCUUCUUUAUAGGGGCUCCCUAUCCGUGGAAGGGUCUCGUCUGCUCCUAGACGGAUUGACGUUCACCAUUCCUCUGCACGAUGACGAUUCUGGCAGCAAUCUUCUCGACAAUCCCCUUGCUCUUGCACUCGAAAGUAUGCGUGGGCGGACCCUCUGCCUCUCGGGCUCGGCAAAACUGAGCUCGGUUCACCUGGAUCGAUCAGGCGGCGUCAGCCUUGACAUUCACCCAGCAGCCGCAUUGACCAAGCUAUAUCUAGAACACCAACUCUGUUCCUUUCCUAUAAUAUCCGCAGAUAACACAACAGAACAUGGCAUCCGAAUUACGCUCGGAGACCCUAAUAGCCAAGAUAGCUCGGAGAUUAUGAUUUAUGGUCAACUCCCAUCUCGACCAAGGCCUUCACCACCGACCCCAUCGACAUCUUCUUUGACAUCUAGCUCAUCCCUUCCUUGCCUACAUUUGCGCGUAGCGCGAAUAGUGCCUGCCCCAGUCCCCACACGCGUCGCUCGACCAGAUGACCCAUCCCCGCGCUUCCCUCCACCAAUCUCUUUUGGAACGAAACGGCGCAUGGAUUCUCAUAAUGAUACCCUCGUCGACUUGGCCUCAGUUAAGAAGCAAAAAACUUUCGUCGACGACGUACGAGACAAUGGCAAACAAGAAGUGGAUGAACGCGCGACAUUGAGUCGUGCGCGAGAGGCAAUGACUCGGAUUCCAAAAGCUCCUAUCAAGGGCACCAGCGGUAUGGAUGUCAAGAGCCACGAAGAUGACGUCUUCAAGGUUCCCUCAUUGCCGCGCUCAUUAGCUUGGCCAGCGAGCGAUAUGACUGGACCAAGUAAGGGGAAGGCCAAGGAAACUGAUAUCGUGAAGGAACUAGAAAAAGCCAACAAAUCUUUGGUCAAAAAGGCUGCCGUCGAUUGCCUUACCGCCUAUGGCAUUCAGAAGACCCAUCCCGAAUUCAAGGAGCUGUGGGGAUUCAUUUACAGAGGCACGGAGUUCGCCUUGAGAUCGCGAACGAAGUCCUGCGCGGUCGACAUACGCGUGGUGAACAGAAUAGCCAAGGCGCAUGCAAAGAUGUACAUUGACGGCAUCACCCAGCCAUCUACUAGUCAGGGUGGGGCAGACUUGGAAAAUGUCAGCAAUGCUUCAAAAAGCGGCGAUCGUGCUAAUGGAGAAGGAUGA